UCCUGUGUGUUCUGCGAGGGGAAGCGCUGAACCGGAAGUGGGAUUAAUAAGGCGGCAGGGACUUCCUGUUCGCCUGUGUGUGGAGACUGGAGGCGGAAGCGUCGUUUGUAGUGGCGGAGCUGUAACCGAACGGACGGCACCGUCAACCGGAGGGUGAAAGAUGAAGACAGGUUGCAGUAUUGCAGAAAAACCCAAAGGAGGAGGAGGCUACCAUUUCCCGGACUGGGCUUACAAAGCCGAGUCGAGCCCCGGGUCGCGUCAGAUCCAGCUGUGGCACUUCAUAUUGGAGUUAUUGCAGAAUGAAGACUUCCGCCACGUUAUCGCUUGGCAGCAGGGAGAGUACGGAGAGUUCGUCAUCAAAGACCCCGACGAGGUGGCCAGGCUGUGGGGUCGGAGAAAAUGCAAGCCUCAGAUGAACUACGACAAGCUGAGCCGGGCACUCAGGUAUUAUUACAAUAAACGGAUCCUUCACAAAACUAAAGGAAAGAGGUUUACUUACAAGUUCAACUUCAACAAACUUGUUAUGCCCAAUUACCCUUUUAUCAACAUCAGACCCAACGGUGCCAUCCCUCAGAGUGCCCCGCCGGUCCCGUCUGCCUCAUCCCACUUUAGCUUCUCCUCGUUAGACUCCCCCAAUGAAGAUGCCAGAGGAAGCCGUUUCUCUGGGGGAUCUGCAGCACAGUCCAGCCACGAGUCCUUGAACGAAGUCGGCGACCGCAAGCCAAAUCCUGAAUCUGAUGAUGUUUCCCCAGAAUGGCGCCGUGGUAUAGACCUGUCUUCUCGAAAUGCUGUUGGCCCUGGUGUCCUCGGCCUCCAGAAGCCGAAAUCGGAUAUCAUGCUCCCUGUGUUCCCGAUGCCUGGAAUGUAUGCUGACCCCCAUAGUCCAUUCUCAGUCUCUCCUCUUACAGGGCGUGGGGGGCUCCUUAACAUGCCCAUCUCACCCGCUUUAUCCCUCACCCCAACUGUCUUCUCAUACAGUCCUUCUCCUGGACUGAGCCCAGCUUUCCAAAGUGGCAGCUGCUUUAACUUCAAUCCUGAAGAGAUGAAACACUACCUGCAGGCCCAGGCUUGCUCUGUAUUCAACUAUCACCUUAGUCCACGGACUUUACCAAGAUACCCUGGCUUUAUGAUUCCUCCUUUCCAGCGUCAUUUCUCACCAGAAGACCAACAGUCAUUCCCCAUUAAGCUUCAACCGCCACCAAUGGGACGUAAGAACAGAGAAAACAGCGAGAGCUCCGAGGGCAAACGUCCAGCUGCCCAGCCAGCUCCUGCCCUGCCACCGAUGAAGGUGGAGCCCAUCUCGGAUGACGAACCACCCUCUGAUGAAGAGCUAGAUUCUUCAGACCAAGCGGAGAAGGAGGACUACAGCAGCGACGAGGAACCCGAGAAAUCCAUAGCGAGACAGGACACCGCUAAGGCAGGGCAUAUGUUUGUCAAACCCGCGGCCCCUUCCUGGUCGCCGUUCCCACCAGCAGCAACUAGAAUACAAGGCUACUCUAAAGCGGGUACAGAAGUGCUGGCGGGGUCUGGCGAUAAAGCGGAGAAAGACAUUUCUGUCGAGGUGGUCGCAGUGGAGAAGAAGGAAGACUCCCUACCGCCCAAGCUACGCCUUAAACGUCUCUGGAAUGAAGACAAACAAGCAGAGGCCAUCGAAGACCGAGAAUGUCGUAAGGUCAGCUGCAUCGUAAACGGCCUCCGGACGCCAGUACUCCCAGCAGAACCCAAGGCACUAACCGCUGCCGCCGACUCUUAAUAGUGGAACUGAAGCAGCGAGAGGAAUUUUUAAUAGUAUAAUCCUAUUUAUGUAGCACUGCUCCAGGAAGGGUUGGUGUUAUAGGUUUUAUUACUGAUGCCCAAGACGCUCCUAAUAUUGCAGGUGAUUCUUAAUUAGUAUUUUUGUUGGGGUUUCAGGAAGAAGAUUACCUCUUAUCCACAGGAAACGAGACUAAAGCAAAAAAAAAAAAGAAAUCCAAAUUAAGACAUUACUUUAAUAAUUGUUUUCCUUUUCUUUAGCCGGUUAGGUGGAGACAUCUAACCCCAUUAACUUCGCUUAAUAAGAUUAUUUUGGUCUUUUGCGCUGCAGCUUUGAUGAUAACCAAGUCCCAUAUAUAUAUAUUUUUAACUUUUUUUUUUUUGAGCAGAGGAGUAUUGCACUUUGCUUUUUGAUUUUAGGUGAAUAGACUCUUGGACCCUGCUUGAUAGCUGCUGCUGUCCCCUUUGCCUGGAACGACACUAACAAGUCUAAAAAGAAAAAUCGAAAAAAAAUCUUCAAGGGAUAGUGUGUGUGUGUGCGCGUGUGUGUGUGUUGAUUGGACAACACAAUUGCAACAAAAUGGGCUGUUGUGUUACUAACAUUGAAUUUUAGGGGGAAUUAAUUUUAAUUUUUUUUUGUGUCUCCUACUAGCGAGGGCUACUUUCUGAUAACAUUUUGUAACAUACCAGAACUAGUCAACAGAAAUACAUUUUUCGUGGGCGGAGAGCCAAAAAUCCAUUGAUCUGUUCUGUAUUUGCCGAAUUUGUUGGUUUUUUUUUUGUAGCGAAACCAAUGGAGCGUAAUUCUGCGAAGGCUUUUUAUGAGUAAGGAUUACUCACGGCAGAAUGUCAGGAAGUGCAGCUUGCGGUUCGAUGACCUACAGGAAGUCAAGUUAGCGAAUGGAGGAAGGCAA